GGUCCCUCGACUCAUUCUUCGUCUUCCUGUCAAGGACAUCAACCGUUCAACAUGAUGCUUCGACACACUUUGCGCCGUGGAAAUGCUGCAUUGACCUCCUCAAGUCGUGCUCUCUCCUCCAUCGCGACUUCGCGUGAAUUCGACUACGUCAUUGUCGGCGCUGGUUCUGCUGGUUGCGUGUUGGCCAACCGGUUAAGCGCCGAUCCAAACAACAAGGUGCUGGUAGUGGAGGCCGGACCCAGCGAUCGCAACCGAUGGGACUCAUUCCUCAUCGAGAUACCAGCCGCCAUCCCCAUCAACCUGGCUGACAAAAGGUACAACUGGCACUUUGCCACUGAACCGCAGCAGUUCCUCAACAACCGACGCAUCGGAUAUCACAGUGGCCGUGUCCUAGGCGGCUCAUCGUCGCUCAACGCCAUGAUGUACACUCGGGGACAUGCCAAGGACUACGACGAGUGGCAAUCGAAAGGUGCCGAAGGCUGGAGCUAUGCCGACUGUUUGCCGUAUUUCAAACGGUCACAGAACCACCAACUCGGUGGAGACGACUACCGAGGCGGCAAUGGACCUCUCCACGUCGUGAGGAACACUCAAAAGGAUCAGCCUCUGUUCCAAGCCUUCCUCGACGCCAGUGUACAAGCUGGAUACCCAUUCACGGACGAUCUGAAUGGGUACCAGCAAGAAGGUUUCGGAUGGCACGACUUGACUAUCCACGAAGGCAAACGAUGGAGCACUUCUGCUGCUUUCCUGCACCCAGUAAUGGACCGCGAGAACUUGACUGUCAUCACCGACACGUACGUUAACAAGGUGCUCUUUGAUGGCAAGAAAGCGGUCGGCAUUGAAGUUGAAGACAGCAAAACAAAAACUGUAUCGAAGAUCUCGACUGCGAAGGAGGUGAUCCUAUCGGGUGGUGCGAUCAACACUCCGCAGGUGUUGAUGCUCUCUGGUGUCGGAGAUGCAGACGACUUGAAGGAAGUUGGUGUGCCAUUAGUGCACCACUUGCCGGCAGUCGGGCAGAAUAUGGAGGACCAUAUCGGAGUCAACUUGCAAUUCGCUUGCAAACAGCCAAUUACACUGUACAACGCAUCCAAGCGAUACCCCCGCAAUGUCCUCAAGAUUGGGUACGAGUGGUGGACAUCCAAGACUGGUCCAGGCGCGUCGCCACACUGCGAAGUGGGCGGAUUCAUUCGAACCGCACCAGGCAAAGAGCAACCGGACCUGCAGGUUAUCUUCAGUCCUUGUGCAGUGGACCAUCGCUGCCAGUUGCGCGAGGACAUUGGCCACGCCAUGAGUGGCCACAUUUCGCUUAUGCGAGGCUCAAACAACGGCACGCUCAAGCUGCGCAGUGCCAAUCCUCGCGACUACCCGAGUAUUGAUCCGAAGUACAUGGCCGAUGAAGAAAGCAGACUUACGCUUCGAGAAGGCGUGAAAUUAACGCGUGAGAUCUUCUCUCAACACGCGUUCGAGGAGUUCUCCGGAGAGGGGAUCUCCCCUAAGAACAGUGUGCAGUCGGACGACGAGAUCGACGCGUGGCUUCGUAAGCGCGCUGGAGCAGAGUUCCACGUCUCGUGCACGGCUCGUAUGGGCGUGGACGACAACUCGGUGGUUGACCCGCAGACUCGCGUUCACGGACUGGAAGGUCUUCGCGUUGUGGACGCGUCCGUCAUGCCGAAUAUUGUGAGCGGCAACACGAACGCGGCUGUGAUCAUGAUCGCAGAGAAGGCCGCCGAUAUGAUUCUAGGCAAACCUGCGUUGCCGAAGGACAAUGCUUCAGUCUACCACGCCAAGAACUGGCAAACCAGCCAACGAUAAGAGAAC